UGUCCGCAUAUGUUCUGGACAACCUCUUGCAUUAUCAAUCAAUGGUGCUAUAGGUGUGAGAAUAGAGCUUUGUUCUAUUCCAUGCAGGAGUGGGAUAUCGCGAGAUUCGAAUUGGCGUUGGUGGGGCUAGUCAUACGAUGUCCUAGAGAGCGAGAGGUAUCUCAUGCUCUUCUUUCAACUCAGCUUAUCCCCUGAUAUUCCAAGUUCGAGAUCCAGCAUUAGGAAUCUUGAAAAUGCCUGUGAAGUCAGAACCUGAGGUCGAACAGGCGAAGCCUCCUCUGAUGGACACAUCUAGACCUGCACUACAGUCACAAGCAGUCAUCCUAUCACCACCCCAAGGACGUCCAGUGACUUGGAUCAAGAGAUGGCCCUUGACAAUUAUUGCAUUCGCGAUUGGGGCGAUCAGUUUGCCCCUCUCCAUGUGGCAGCCGUCUAAGACCCCUAUCGAUCCAUUGGAUUAUACGGCUCGAACAAAGCAUGUAUUAUCGACUACUCCGCUGAUAGACGGCCACAACGAUUUGCCACAUCUGAUCCGAAUCGAGCUAUAUGGCAAGAUGUGUGAUGGUACUUUCAAUUUCAAUGAUAAGUUGCUUGGGCACACAGAUGUUCAAAGAAUGCGUAAGGGCCAGAUGGGAGGACAAUUUUGGAGCGUGUUCGUAGAGUGUGAAGAAGAAGUUGGCAUCGAUGACCCGACCUGGAUUGUUCGGGAUACUUUGGAGCAGAUCGAUAUCGCAAGACGCUUCAUCGAGGAAUACCCAUCUGUUUUCCAAUAUUGUGACACUCCAAGAUGUGCUCGCGAAGCCCACAAAGCUGGUCGAAUUGCCAGCAUGAUCGGAAUCGAAGGUGGACAUCAAGUUGGAAAUUCGCUCGGCGCAAUUCGACAAAUGUAUGAUCUUGGCGCGAGGUACAUCACCACAACGCACAACUGUGACAAUGCGUUUGCAACAGCAGCAUCAACCGUUGCAGCAGGAAGGGAAGACAAGGGACUGACACCCUUCGGUCACGAGUAUGUGAAAGAGAUGAAUAGGCUUGGUAUGAUGAUUGACCUGUCUCAUGUCUCGCAUCAAACUAUGAGAGAUGUGCUUUCGGUUACACAAGCACCGGUCAUAUUCUCUCAUUCAGGAGCAUACUCCGUCCAAAAACACCUUCGCCAUGCUCCUGACGAUGUACUGAGAGGGAUUAAAGCAAAUGGCGGUAUCGUCAUGGCCGUUUUCGUCAAUCGCUUCCUGAACAUGAAGCAUCCGGAGGAAGCUACAAUCCACGAUGUUGUUGACCACAUCAUGCACAUUGCUGAAGUAGCAGGGUGGAAGCACGUUGGUGUUGGUUCCGACUUUAGCGGCACUCCAGCUGUUCCCAUUGGACUCGAGGAUGUUUCAAAGUAUCCAGAUCUUGUAGCGCUCUUGAUGGAGCGAGGCGCAACAGACGAGCAGGUUCGAAUGUUUGCAGGUGAAAACCUUCUCCGCGUCUGGGCUGACAUCGAGAGAGACGAGGGAAAGAGAUUCAAGCAGCAGGCGAUCAAAGGGUGGGCAACUGGUUUCGCAAAUUCGCCGUUCAUGUUUCGAUCAACGCGCGAGAGGAGUAAAAAUAUCAAGCGUAUUGCUCACAACUUCAAUUAUCCAAAGCUUCUCUCGCGGAAGCUGUGA